AUGUCGCGAAAUGCGCCAUUGGGAGAUUGGAGUCUGGACUGUAAGGUCUAUGUAGGUGACCUGGGCUACGGGUGUGCCAAACAGGAGCUGGAGGAGAAGUUCUCUAAGUAUGGCCAGCUGAAAAAUGUCUGGGUAGCCCGCAAGCCUCCUGGCUUUGCAUUUGUUGAAUUUGAGGACAGUCGUGAUGCUGAAGAUGCAGUUAGAGCUUUGGAUGGAGCCAAAAUUAAUGGACGCAGGGUUCGAGUUGAAAUGUCAUCCGGUAGAUCUAGAUGGGGGAAUAGGGGACCUCCACGAAGUGGCAGCAGACAGCAGUUUGACAACAGCAACUAUCGUGGGGGUAGCGGAGGAGGUGGUGGAGGUGGCGCCCGACGGUCCAGGCGUUCCCGCAGCCGUAGCGCGUCCGGUUCCCCCCCAAGAAGGAGAAGCCGAAGCAGGAGCUGA